AUGCCCGCCAACGUCCAACAAACCGCCUGCAAUCGCCGGCCCACACCGGACGGGUACUCGAACCUGGUCGACAGCUGGAGCGUCGGCCUCAUGCAGGGCACCCCGUUCGACGCAGACCCGCCGAACACGGACAUCCAUACCAACAUCACGACCCGCCGGGUGCGGUGGACGCUCCUGUACGAGUGCGGCGUGAGCGAGCAGACCGAGCAGCUCAUCCGCGCGCUCCUCGCGUCUUCCCCGAGCAAGCGCAUGUCGCUCGGUGCGCUGUACCACCCGUGGCUCGCGACCGAGGCCGAGCUCGAAGGCGCGCCCCGGCCGCUCCCCGCGACUCCCCCCGCGCUUCGCACCGCGUCGCUCCAGUCGCUCCCCUCCGCCCCCUCCAUCGCAGACGGCGCGCCGGCGGCGACGCUCGAGCACACCCCUCCGCUCGCCGCCCCGCUGAUGGGACUGCCCGGGAUGGCGUCGCUGCUUCGCAUGGACAGCGAGUAG